UUGAGCCCAAAAAAGGAAGGUUUUAGCUUUCCCAAAUCACAAAUGGUAGAUUUAUGCAUUUCUUUUGUUACAGGUUUAUUGGUUGCUCAACUGAACGUCUCAGACAAAGACAAAACACAUCCCAUGGAAUCAAAGAACAAUAAUCUGGUUCUGGGUUUUGUUGUCUUAGCUGUAUUUUUAAUCUCAGGUGUUAAAUCAUGGACUGGUGAGAUUCAUGGUAGAGUUGUCUGUGAUGUUUGUGCUGAUUCUUCCAUUGGUCCUGAAGAUCAUGUUUUAGAAGGUGCUGAGGUUGCCGUUCUUUGCAUUACAAAAUCUGGGGAAGUAGUGAACUAUCAGGCUUUUACAAACUCCAAGGGGAUAUACACCGUGGCCGAAACAAUGCCCGAGGGUGAGCGGUGGGAUGCAUGCUUGGGACGACCUAUCAGUAGUUUCCAUGAUCACUGCAACCAUCUUGGGGAUGGCAGCACAGGAAUCAAGUUCACCUAUAAUCAUCCGUCGGGUCAUUUUCACGCUAUCCGACCUUUCGUAUAUAGACCCUCAACAGCCCCAACCUACUGCAUUUAAACUGUUGGUUGAUGUCUUGGGCAGAAGCAAAUGGACAUAAUUAAUGAUUUUUAAGGUUGCAAAUUAUCUUUUGUUUCUUGGUGAUAUAGGAAAGAGAGUAAUCAAAUAUCUGUAAAUUUUAAAAUAUUAAAAUUCAGUUAUAGAUUUCAAUUGGCAUGUGAAUUAUCCGAA